UACAGAGUGGUGGGGGGUCGCCGGCAGGUUCCCUCUCCCCGGCCCCAGCUCUGGACGCCUACCCCAGUGCAACGCCCGCAGUAACGGAAAGAGGCAGGACCGCGCCUGCAGCGCCGGCUGGAGGGACGUUCUGGUCCCCAGACGCUAGUAUCAGGGACUGUUUGGCGAUCGCCGGCUGCGGGAAUGCCCCACGCGGGUGGGGUGAGGAGAAGGGAGAAGGCGGAAAACUCCUCCUCCGGAAAAUAAUAAAUGGCCACGAUAACAGCAGCAUCGGUGGCAGUCAUCCCGCUUUACCUGGAGCGGAAUCGCUCGGUCUGAGCCAGGAGGUCUGGUGGCUUCUCAGUUGACAACUCAGCUGGUUCCCCACCCUGGCAAUUGUGAAGAGUUGGCCAAAUGUUUGUCCACUGAGCUGAUCUCUUCUCUGGAGCACCAAGGCUACCAGGAGAGAGCCAAGACAAUGCAAACUCCAGUGACCAUUCCUGUACCUGUGCUCCGGCUGCCCCGGGGCCCUGAUGGCUUCAGCCGUGGCUUUGCCCCUGAUGGACGCAGAGCCCCCCUGAGGCCAGAGGUUCCUGAAAUCCAGGAGUGUCCCACAGCUCAAGAAUCCCUGGAAUUCCAGGAGCAGCGGGCCCGAGCCGCCCUUCGGGAGCGUUACCUCCGCAGCCUGCUGGCCAUGGUGGGUCGUCAGGUGAGCUUCACGUUGCACGAGGGUGUGCGUGUGGCCGCCCACUUCGGAGCCACCGACCUGGAUGUGGCCAACUUCUACGUGUCACAGCUGCAGACUCCCAUAGGUGUGCAAGCAGAGGCGCUGCUCCGAUGUAGUGACAUUAUUUCAUACACCUUCAAGCCAUAGAGACAUUGUGUUCACUUUUCUGCUUGAGGCUGAGCCACUGUAUCCCAGGCCUCCCAAUGUUCCCGAGCCAGGAACUCUGGGCCCCACCGAGUUAUGAGCUCCCUUGGAAUUUUCAGCCAAGCUUUAAGCAAGUCUGGACUCCUGAGACCUCCUGGGUCUAGUCAGUAAAAUUCUGCAACUCUAGGAAUUCUAAGAUCCCACUGGAAGGAAUGCUCUACCUCACAGAACUCUGAACCCUACAGAAAGAUGGGCCUGCUGCCAUUUCUUGAAGACCAGGGCAUCGGGGUGGGGUGAUAAAGGAGACAACCUGCACAGGGGGGCGUUAUUAAACAGGCUGCAAAGUUCAGCCACCCUGAAGAUACUCCCCAGUGCUACUCUCCUGCUAAAGAACCAGUUACCCCAGGAAAA